GUCAAGUAAGAAAGGCUUCCCAGUGUAAUUAUAGGGAAGGUAGGAAUUGGCCAGGCAGGCAGGGAAGGAGGGGUAUCCAGGCAGGGGAAACAGGAUGUGACAGCACAGUGUGAGCAGAGAAAACAGGGAGUUCCAAGAGCCGGGUGAGAACGUCCUUGAGCAUAUCCUAUUAAUGUCCAUUUUAAGAGGUGACUUUCCCUUCCAGUAUGCCCAUACGUGGCUCUGCGAAGCCCCAGGGAGCUAACACGACAGCCUCUCCUAGGAGGUGCCGGCCAGCCAACGUGUAUUUGCUGAGCACCUGCUAAGCGCCCUGCACGGAUGCGGAAGGUGCCUGAAAGACUCGCAGUUUAGUUAGAGUCCACUCCGUUCUGAGAGUGGGGCCAGGGCCGUGCAGAAGCCUCGUUUGCCCAUCUCCAGGGAGAUAAGUAGGCAUCUAGGCAUCUAUGAAGCACAGAGUGUCCCCACGCACACCAUUAUGUUAACACCGAUUUUUUAGUUCUGGGAAGGUUCCAAGGCUGUCUGCUCAGAAAGAGGGGAAUUAGAAUGACAGAUUCCUGAAUAAGGCAGGCUCCUCUCUGGAGAGAUCAGUUGAGGUCUUAGUGGUAACUCUGCCUCCCCCAACCCCCGCCAUGCCACACACACACACACACACACACACAUACACACACACACACUCACUCACACCACUCCCCACCUCUGGCACCCCCAGGAGGCGGCAGCUUUGGCCCUUGUGGUUCACAUCCAACCUCCUGGCGGGAACUGUAGAUUUAGUCAACAACUUUCACAUCUUGAAAAAAUAAGCAAGAGGGGUAGAGAGGGUAUGGAGAGAGACAGAGAGAGGGAAGCCAGAAGUAAGUGAGGCAGGGAAGAGGGGAGCAGAAGACAGGAUCCAGGGCAGGUCAGGGAGAAACACUUGCAACAUGUUGCUGUUUCUGCUGCUGCUGGGGACUGUCACGAGCAGAUGCCUGCAUGACGAGACGCAGAAGUCUGUGACCCUUCUCAGGCCCCAUCUCUCCCAGCCUGCCCCAAACCUCCGCUCUUCCACCCUUACCCUGCCUGGCUCCCGUGAUCCUCAACCCCUUCGAAUCCAAACCUGCUAUAUCAAAGACCCUAUACCAGAUGGAGCUUGGGAUCCUGAGGGAGCCGGAAUGAGAGGGGGACCCCGAGCUCUGGCCCUGGCCGCAGCUAGGCAGGCUGCUCAACAACUCCAGGGAAUCCUUGCAGUCCCUCCAGUGCAAGGCGCCCUGCUUCUGAGUCGAGACCCUGCACAGUAUUGCCAUGCUGUCUGGGGGGACCCAGACACCCCAAACUACCACAGGUGCAGCCUCCUGAACCCAGGGUACAAAGGAGAGAGUUGCCUGGGGGCAAAGAUCCCUGAUGCCCAUCUCCGUGGUUAUGCACUGUGGCCAGAACAGGGUCCCCCACAACUGGUCCAGCCAGAUGGGCCCGGGGUCCAAGACACUGAUUUUCUCCUGUAUGUGUGGGUGGCCCACACUUCCAAGUGCCAUGGAGAGGUGAGACCCCAAUCAAAUUCUUUGCCCUGUUCUGCCUCUCUUCAUUUUAAAUAUCAUGGGAAGGAGGAGGGAGCACAAAGGCAGUUUUUAUUAAGUUAUGCUUAUUCGAGGUCACUUGGUCACGUUGAAGAAGUUCGGGUGUUGGGUGGGAGCUAAGCCUCCUCAAACCAUCCCUUCGUACCAUCCCUGCUGAGCUCCCUGGGUCCCUCUGUCAUAGCCUAUGCUGCCUGCUGCCAGCUGGACUCGGAAGACAGACCCCUUGCCGGUACCAUCGUCUACUGUGCCCAGCAUCUCACCAGCCGCAGCCUCAGCCAUAGUGACAUCGUCAUGGUCACACUCCAUGAAUUGCUCCAUGCUCUGGGUUUCUCCGGACAGCUCUUCAAGAAGUGGCGGGAUUGCCCCUCAGGACCCAGCGUUGGAGAGAACUGUUCUACAAGGCAACAAGUGACAAGGCGAGAUAAGUGGGGACAGCUGCUUCUCACCACCCCAACUGUUAGCCACAGCCUGGCCAAACACUUGGGAGUGCCAGGGGCUUCACCGGGUGUUCCCUUGGAAGAGGGCCCUUUGUCUUCGCACUGGGAGGCCCGACUGCUCCAGGGCUCUAUAAUGACUGCUACCUUCGAUGGUGCCCGGCGCACUCGACUUGAUCCCAUCACUCUGGCUGCCCUCGAAGAUUCGGGCUGGUACCGAGUCAAUCACAGUGCUGCGGAGGAGCUGCUGUGGGGCCACGGAUCUGGCCUGGAAUUUGGCCUGGCGACGACCUGCGGGGCCGGCUCCUCAGACUUCUUCUGCACUGGCAGCGGACUGGGCUGCCACUACCUGCACCUGGACAAGGGAAGCUGCUCCUCAGACCCCCUGCUGGAAGGCUGCCGCAUGUACAAGCCCUUGGCCAAUAGGAGUGAAUGCUGGAAGAAGGAAAACGGGCUCCCCGCUGGGGCAGAGAACGCCCACGGGGAAAUUUACCACUCCCAGAGUCGUUGCUUCCUUGCCAACCUCACUUCACAACUGCUCCGUGAGGACAAGACCGGGCAUCCCUCUGAGAUCCCACGCCCAAAGGAAGCAGAGCUCAGCGGCCGCUGCUACUUACAUCAAUGCACAGACAGAGGAGCAUACAAGGUGCAGGCAGAGGGAGCACCCUGGGCCCCAUGCCUUCCUGGGAAGGCUAUUCAGAUACCUGGGUACUCCGGUCUUCUCCUGUGUCCCCGGGGCCGGCUGUGUCAAACUAAGGAAGGUACCAGUGCCGUUACUUCCCCACCUGUGAGGCUUCUGCCCCAAGACCUGUCAUCCCAGCUGUCUUUACAAUUAGCUGGGCCCCCAGGCCACUCGGUGGCGAAGGAAGAGCUGGACGGGCUGACGGAAGCAGUACUCCAGGCUCUUGUGAGCAGAGGCGGCGCCGGCAGGUGCUAUUUCUACAACCCCUCCAUUACCACUAGUCUGGUGUUCACUGUGUAUAUGGGCAAGUCCCCUGCCUGCCAAGGGCCUUCGGUUGGUAUGCUGCACAGGGCCCUGACCCUGACUCUCCAGAAGAAGCCCCUAGAAGUACAUUAUGGAGGAGCCAGCUUUACCACAGGACACAUCAAGUUGCUGGUUACCUUGGCCCAUAAUCCCUCUGUGACCCAUCUAGCACUGUCCACGGGACUCUGCCUAACACUGCUUAUCCUGGUGGGUGCACUGGGAACCGUGGCCUAUCAAAAACGAGCUACUCUUCGGGUGGCACCAUCUGCCCCUCACCAUUCACCAGAGCUGCAAGACACAAGGGGCCCAGCUGGAGGAAUAAGGGAGGUGUGAUGUUACCCAGAGCGUGACAGGGUAGAUAGGGCAGAUUA